AAGAGGCAACAGGAGGACUGCAGCUGACGUCUUAUUUCUUUUUUAAGAAAUAUCACAAUAAACAAUGUUCACAAGAUCUUUUCUAAACUACACAGCCGAGGCUCUGCACGCUGAGAUGUCUGCUGCCGGCAGUUCGCUCUCUGAAGACCAGUUUCUCUGCUCCAUCUGUCGGGAUGUGUUCACUGAUCCAGUCAGCACACCAUGUGGACACAACUUCUGCAAAACCUGCAUCACUAGACACUGGGAUACUGAUGUGCUCUACAAGUGUCCCAACUGUAAUAAGAUGUUCUACACCAGACCUGAGCUGCAGGUGAAUACUUUAGUCUCUGAGAUGGUUGCUCACUUUAGACAGUUGGCUCAACAGAGAGACGGAAGCAGCAGCAGCUCAGAGCAACAAGCUGCUGAACCAGGAGACGUUCCCUGUGACGUCUGCACUGGAGCCAAACUGAAGGCCCUGAAGUCCUGCCUGGUGUGUCUGGAAUCCUACUGUGAGACUCACCUGCAGCCUCACCUGACAAGAUCAGGUCUGAGAAAACAUCAGCUGAUCGACCCCGUGGAGGAUCCGGAAGGCAGGAUAUGUACGAAGCACGAUAAACCGCUGGAGCUGUUCUGUGAGACCGACCAGAUGUGUGUCUGCAUGCUCUGCACUGUUUUAGACCACAAGUCACAUGAUGUUGUUCCUCUGAAGGAAGAAUAUACAAGAAAGAAGGCCGGGGUUGAGAAGACAGAAGCUGAAAUUCAGCAGAUGAUCCAGGAGAGACGACUUAAGAUCCAAGAGUUCAAUCGUUCAGUCAAGGUCAGCAGGAAAAAUGCAAACAGGGACAAAGAAGACAGAAAUUCUGUCUUCUCCAAACUGAAGGAGGCUGUUGAGAGAAACCAGGCCAAAGUCAUCAAGACGAUUGAAGAGAACCACAAAGCGAGAGAGAAAUGGGCUGAAGGCUUCAUCAAAGAGCUGAAACAGGAAAUCUCUGAGCUGAACAAGAGGAGUGCUGAGCUGAUGCAGCUCUCACACUCAGGAGACCACCUUCAGCUCAUCCAGAACGUCAAGUCCCCGGUUGCUGCUCCACCCACAAAGAACUGGACUGAAGUCCGAGUCGAUCCACCUCCAUAUGAGGGGAACGAGAGGACAACUGUAGCUCAGGAACUGGAGAUGCUCAGAAAUGAGAUGAAUACGGUGUUCAGAGAGACCGAGCUGAAGUGGAUCCAGCAGUUUGCAGUGGACGUCACACUCGAUCCUGAUACAGCAAAUCCCUUGCUCAUCCUGUCUGAAGAUGGGAAACAAGUACAUUGCGGUCUUGUAAGGAAGAAUCUACCAGAUAACACAAAGAGAUUUUCUACUUUUAUCUUUGUUUUAGGAAAGCAGUCUAUCUCUACAGGAAGAUCUUACUUUGAGGUUCAGGUUAAAGGCAAGACUAGAUGGGUUGUAGGAGUUGCCAGAGAGUCAGUCAAUAGAAAGGGGAUAAUCAAUGUGAGCUCUAAGAAUGGUUACUGGACACUAUGGUUGGGUAGUGACAAUGUCUACAGUGCUCUUACUGAGACCCAUGUCCCUCUCUCUGUGGAGUCAAAGCCUGAGAAGGUUGGAGUGUUUGUAGAUUAUGAGGAGGGUCUGGUCUCAUUUUCUGACGUUGAUGCUGGAAGUCUUAUCUACGCCUUUACUGGCUGCUCCUUCACUGAAAAACUCCUCCCAGUCUUCUCUGCCUGUGCUAACCAGGGUGGUAAAAACUCUGCCCCUCUCAUCAUCUGUCCUGUUAACCACGCUGAGUAGAAUAAAUGUUGAAGUGAAGACAGGAAUGGCUGUUUUCAAAUGUCAAAAGUUGAAUUUGAUAACUGUAUCUGAUCUUUAUUUUGAUUUUAUGAUCACGAGUGGACACGCAGGUUCAUAGAUACAAGGAUGGAUGUAUUUUGGUAAAAACACCAAAGAAAAGUUAAUCUUUCUAAGUGUAGGCCUCAUAGUCACAAGCUAAGCUUGGAUAACUGUUCAUCUUUAUCCAGCUGAGUUAUGUUGUUUGAUUAAUUUGGUAUACAAGUUGAUUUAUUGUUAUUUUUUUCAUUUUCCUAUAUUUGCUUGUCUGCCAGAAUUACAUCUUCUCUGAUCUCUUGAAAGUAAUAAUUAAAAUCAUACAUUAUGUAUAUUUUAAUUAUUAUUAUCAGUAGUAGUAGAAGUGUGUACCUUUUCUUUAGUGUACAUACAUAAAUGUUGACUUCAAGGACAACAAAGUUAUGAGAAGUACUCUAUGUGAAAAAAGUGUGUAUAUAUUUUAUAUAUAUAUAUAUAUAAAUAAAUCAUUUAAAUAUACACAAACCACUAUAUCAGACUAAAUUGAACAUGUUUGUAUGUAUUUUAUAAUCCAUUGUACAUUUGUAUGUUUUUAUUUUUAACUAUGUCUUAUACUAUUGCACUGUGUUUAUUACAUGCACCAAUCACCAAGCUACAUUCCUUGUAUGUACAGACAUACUUGGUAGUAAACCUGAUUCUACAUAUUAUACUGUAAUACUGUGUGGGAGUGCAAAGAAUGCUGGAACAAAUAUUGUACACUGUGAUUUGAUAAUAAGAUAAGAUUUCCUGUCUGGGGUUCAAUAACGGAUUGUUGUACUAUUUUAAUUGUUACUUUAAUCAAAGUAUGUACAUGAUGUGUUACAUGUGAACACAAUACAUUGUAAAUAUUUUACUUAAAUAAAAUUUGGAAGGAAACA